AUGCUAUUGGAAAAGCUUGUCAAUUUACUCCAUGCUGUCAGUAUUUUGCAAAAUUUCGAGAAUGAAUCAACGACGAGCAUUUUACCGAUUGCUAAAGAUAUCGUGCAUCCAAGAUACUGUGCGGAAAGCGAUGAGUUAACCUACUGGUUCCCAUGUCAUAACGAAAAACGAACAAUCGACAAUCAGACAUGGCACAAUGGAUGCUAUUUUGGGAGAGGGGCGAUCCAGUCGACACGACACGUCGUCGACACACCUCAAGCUUCUUCGAACAGCUUAAUUCAU